CCCACCUGAAGAGUUGAUGGUUGUGGGUUGAUACAUUUAAGCACCCUCUACAUCCAGCCCUGUACCAGUUGCCCCUGCCAUUCCAGUACUGUACCAGUUAACCUAUACCAGUGCCAGUAUGUUGUUGUCCCGCUGGUUUCUGCUUCUCCUCUGGUCACUGCUGGUUCUACUGAUUCACUCCCCCCUGACCCAGUCCAGACCAGCUGCUGCCCUCGCUGACACUGACAGUAUCAGUGACACAGCUGACAUGCUGGCAUCGUCUGAGGAUGAAGAGGAUGAUGAGUCUUCUUCAGAGGAAAAUAAACUAUCCAACAAUCAGAAGCUCCAAUUGAUGGCUCCUCAGUGGGCGACUCCAGACAAGAUGGAGAAGAGGCUCCAUGCCGUUCCUGCCAGUAAGACUGUUAAAUUCCGUUGCCAGGCAACUGGUAAUCCCACACCAACUUUGCGGUGGUACAGGAAUGGGAAAGAGUUCAGGAAAGACCAGCGCAUUGGAGGCUUCAAGCUCCGGGACCACAUGUGGACUAUAAUAAUGGAGUCAGUUGUUCCGUCUGAUAAAGGCAACUACACCUGUCUUGUGGAGAACAAGCACGGCAGCCUCACACACACCUACCAGCUGGACGUAGUGGAACGUUCCCCUCACAGGCCCAUCCUCCAGGCAGGCCUGCCAGCUAAUCGUACGGCGGUGGUUGGUAGCGACGUGGAGUUUGUCUGUCGAGUUUUCAGCGACCCUCAGCCCCACAUCCAGUGGCUCAAACGCAUCACUAUUAAUGGCAGCAGAGUGGGACCAGAUGGACUGCCUUACGUACGCAUACUGAAGACUGCAGGGUUUAACACCACGGACAUAGAGAUGGAGGUGUUUACUCUGAGGAACGUGUCUGUGGAGGAUGAAGGAGAGUACACCUGUCUGGCAGGAAACUCUAUAGGACUGUCUCACCACUCUGCCUGGCUCAGUGUGAUCAAAGACCUGCCCCCCUCCCCCGUCCCAUCUCAGGCCUACCUGGAGAUCUUAAUCUACUGCGUCGGUUUCUUCAUCAUUAUGCUCAUGGUCGCCAUAGCGACCGCCUGCCGACUACGCUGCUCCCCGAAGAAGAGCGACUUCAGCAGCCAGCUGGCCGUUCACAAACUGGCCAAGAGCAUUCCCCUACACAGACAGGUGUCAGUAGACUCCUCCUCCUCUCUGCAGUCGGGGGUGUGUCUGGUUAGGCCGUACCGCCUCUCCAGUGGAGCCACACCCAUCCUGACCGGCGUGUCAGUGUAUGAGCUGCCCGCAGACCCGCUCUGGGAGCUGUCACGAGACAGGCUGUCUCUGGGGAAGCCGCUGGGUGAAGGUUGUUUUGGUCAGGUUGUGCAAGCAGAGGCUGCGGGUCUGGACAGAGAAAAACCCUCUCGUCUCACCAAGGUUGCCGUCAAGAUGCUCAAAGCGGACGCCACAGAGAAGGACCUGAGUGAUCUGAUCUCUGAGAUGGAGAUGAUGAAGAUGAUCGGGAAACACAAGAACAUCAUCAACCUGCUGGGAGCCUGCACACAGGAUGGCCCUCUCUACGUGGUGGUAGAGUAUGCGUCUCAGGGCAACCUGAGGGAGUACCUGCGUUGUCGGAGGCCUGUGGAUCUGGAGUACUGGUCUGGGCCAACCCAGGCCCCCCUGGACAGCCUGGAGGUCAGGGAGCUGGUGUCUGCUGCCUACCAAGUGGCCAGGGGCAUGGCCUAUCUCGCCUCACAGAAGUGUAUCCACAGAGACCUAGCAGCCAGGAACGUGUUGGUGACAGAGGACAAUGUGAUGAAGAUAGCAGACUUUGGUUUGGCCAGAGACAUCCACCACAUAGACUACUACAAGAAGACCACCAAUGGUCGUCUGCCAGUGAAGUGGAUGGCUCCAGAGGCUCUGUUCGACCGCAUCUACACACACCAGAGUGACGUGUGGUCGUUUGGGGUGUUGCUGUGGGAGAUCUUUACUCUAGGAGGGUCUCCCUACCCAGGGGUUCCUGUAGAGGAGCUGUUCAAACUGCUGAAGGAGGGACAUCGUAUGGACAGACCAGCUGCCUGCACAGAGGAGCUGUAUAUCAUGAUGAGAGACUGCUGGCACGCUGUUCCAUCUCGCAGACCAACCUUCCAACAGCUGGUAGAGGAUCUGGACCGCACACUAUCACUCAUGACCAACCAGGAGUAUUUGAAUCUGUCCAUCCCUGAGGUCCAGUAUUCUCCAUUGGGUCCAGACACCAGCAGCUCCUCUGACUCUGUCUUCUCCAGGGAGAUGACUCACGGAGCAGAGUACUCUCCCCUGAGCCCGUCCUGGACCUCCACCCUGGCCUACGCACACCACACACCUUCCCGAACCCCGUCUCGGACAUCCACCCUAGCCUAUGAUCACCACAGCCCCUCCCGAACCCCCUCCAGAACAUCUACCCUGACGUACACCAUCCCCACCCAGCACAGCACCACCCGCGGUCACAGCCAACGCUGAUCUAAAAACACUGCCCCGCCCCAUACACCUUAACCUAUCCACCUCCCUUUUAAUGUCCCUACCAUGAUCUCUGCUGUCAUCUCAGCUACCACUGCCCCUACCCUCAGCCCUUCCUACCACCAGCCCCUCCUACCCCCCAUCCCCUGGCUCCUACCUCCAGCCCCUCCUUGGUGACUGGGAGACCUACCAGAGGGAAGGACACUACCUGAGUGCUUUAACCCCUCAUUCUCCAGUCUGCCCCAGAGCCUAGUGGUUUCAUUUGACCUGCUUUUCAUUUCUGGAGAGAUGCUCAUUCACACAGAUAAAGCCAAUGGAAAAGACAGACACACAUAGGGUUAUAACAGAGUCAUAAGACAUGAAAUAGAGUUUGCACAAAGAUGGACUCUUCUCUCCUCCUCCCCAGGACUAUACUGAACUAUUAAAGGGAUAGGUCCCCCAAAUUACAAAAUGACAUUUGUUUUCUUACACUGUAAGCAGUCUAUGGACAAGGUAUGACAGCAAUCCAUGCUAUGGUUUAGUUUCCCAGGCACUGUUUCCACAUGCUAACUUUUUAGUAUUGGUGGCACAGAUCGCUUUAAAGUCAUGGGACCGAUAUUAGCAUUUGUCGCCCAUCAUGUACAAAACAUCUAAGUGACAUUGUUGAGCUUCACAAGCAAUUUGAGUUACUUUAGGAUAAUUUGGACAUGAUGCGCGAAAAAUGAAAAUAUCGGUCCAAUGACUUGAAUGGGAUUUGUGCCACAAAUGCUAAAACAGUGCCAGAGAAACUAAACCAAAGCAUGGAUUGCU